ACUUGCCUGUUAAACAACUUCUAUGCACAAAAGGUAGCAAUAUGAUUGGAAUUAGAAUUGCCAAAGGAGGAUGCAGAGGGAGAGAGGCUUAUCGCUUCCCUCUCGCUCAAGUUUCGAAAAAACUUGGAAGAUAUUUUUCGAUCUCGAGUCAAAAAAGCCAGCGCCCAGAUUUGAAACAUGAAAGUUUUGAGCAUACAGAAAUGAAAUACUCUAACUCCCCAGUAUGGGCAUGGAAUGAGUGGGAUCCACUAGAAGAGGUUAUUGUCGGCAGAGUUGAAGGUGCUACCGUCCCUCCUUUGACUAUCGAAGUUAAGGCAAAUACCAAUGAAAAGCAUUGGAACUUUUUCAAUCAAAAUGGAGGUUCUCACUUCCCUGCUGAGCAUAUGGAAAAAGCCAGAAAGGAGAUCGAAAAUAUGUGUGAUAUUUUAAGAAAGGAAGGUGUAGUUGUUAGACGUCCAGAUCCAAUUGACUUUGUGGAAAAGUUUCAAACGCCCGAUUUUACCAGCUCUGGAUUAUAUUCGGCAAUGCCUCGAGAUAUUCUCAUGGUAGUUGGUGAUGAAAUUAUAGAAGCACCAAUGGCAUGGCGUUCAAGAUUUUUUGAAUAUAGAGCAUAUAGAUCUUUGAUCAAAGAUUAUUUCAGACAAGGUGCUUCUUGGACUACGGCCCCCAAGCCGCAAAUGUCAGAUGACCUGUAUGAUCAAGACUAUCCUAUGAAAUCUGUCCAAGAUAGACAUCGUUUGGCUGCGGAUGGAAAAUUUGUCACCACUGAAUUUGAGCCAUGCUUCGAUGCUGCUGAUUUCAUUCGUGCUGGUCGAGACGUUUUCGCUCAAAGAUCUCAAGUGACAAAUUACAUGGGUAUAGAAUGGAUGCGUAGACAUCUUGAGGGUAAAGGAAUUAGAGUUCACACUCUAAGCUUCAAGGAUCCCAACCCAAUGCAUAUUGAUGCAACAUUCAAUAUCAUUGGGCCGGGACUAGUGUUAUCAAAUCCCGACCGACCAUGUUUACAAAUUGACAUGUUCCGAAAGGCCGGUUGGAAAAUCGUUCACCCACCAACACCAUUGGUACCAGACGAACAUCCUCUAUGGAUGUCAUCUAAAUGGCUAUCAAUGAAUGUAUUGAUGUUAGAUCCUAAAAGAGUGCUAGUUGAGGAGGAAGAAAAAACUACGAUUGCUAUGUUUGAAAGUUUGGGUAUUGAGUGUAUUCGUGUGCCGCUUCGAUACGCGAAUUCUUUGGGAGGUGGGUUCCAUUGCUGGACAUGCGAUGUUAGAAGAAAAGGAACUCUAGAAUCAUAUUUUUAA